AUGGACAAUAGGCCUCUUCCUCACGGUUGGGUCUCUCAGUAUGACUCAAAUUAUGGAAGUUAUUUCUUUAUUGAUACAACAAAACAACCUCCAAUAACCACAUGGGAUGAUCCACGAGGAACUUUAAAUGAUAAUCCACCACCGUAUGCAUCUCAAAAUGCGACAACACAAAAUAUUUCUAUGCCUACUCCAGAAUUUCCUAUUCCUCAAACAUCUUCUUCACCAUAUCCUGCUUAUCCUUCUGAUUCAAAUCAACAAUAUCCACCUCAACAACCAAAUUAUCCAUCUCAACAACCAAACUAUCCACCUCAACAAAAUUAUCCACCUCAACAAAAUUAUCCACCUCAGCAAAAUUAUCCUACAAAUUAUUCCAAAAAUUAUAAUAAUCAAUAUGAUCAACAGUAUAAUCCUACUACUACAUCAAAUCCAACUACUACGUCAAAUUCAACUUCUAAAAAAACUAAAGCUGGUCUAGCUGGUGGUCUAACUGGCCUGACUAGUUUAAUGGGUAAGACUGGAAAAUCUAAACAUGGCAAAUUAGCACUCGGAGGAUUAGGAGGAGUUGCCGCUGGAAUGGUGGCCGGAAAAGUUUUAUCCAAAGCCAAACCCAAAUUCGGCAAAGAAACUGUUAGUGGAAUCACCCAAGUGACUAUGUUAUAUAAUAUGUCAUCUAGUAAUGGUAACAGUUUAUUUUUCGUGAGCCAUGAUCUAGGUUCAAUAGUAGGUCUUGUAGUUUCAGGUUCAACUGUCGAUUACAUGUCAUCUGUAGUCUCAC